CACACAAUACAAGUGGCCGAACGGAACGCGGUGGAAUCUCUGACCUCUCCCUUUUCCUUGUCUUCGGCGCCCGCCUCCUCCCCAUUCUCCACCUCCGCGCCCCCUUCCCCAAGCCGCCGCCGCCGCCGUCGUCGCCAUGGCCAUGAAGGGACCCGGCCUCUUCACCGACAUCGGCAAGAAGGCCAAGGAUCUGCUCACGAGGGACUACACCUACGACCAGAAGCUGACCGUCUCCACCGUCAGCUCCUCCGGAGUGGGCCUCACUUCCACAGCUGUGAAGAAAGGAGGGCUUUAUUCUCUUGAUGUCAGCUCAGUUUACAAGUAUAAGAAUACUCUUGUUGAUGUUAAAGUGGAUACAGAAUCAAAUAUCUCUACUACCUUGACUGUCUUGGAUGUCCUGCCAUCCACAAAGCUUGUGACAUCCGUCAAGUUGCCUGACUACAAUUCUGGAAAGGUGGAGGCGCAAUACUUCCAUGAGAAUGCAAGUUUUGCUACCGCCGUUGGCAUGAAGCCCUCUCCCGUGGUUGAAUUUUCUGGGACAGUUGGCCCUAAAGGACUGGCCUUUGGUGCAGAAGCUGCGUUUGACACUUCUUCAGGAAAGUUCACCAAGUACAGCGCUGGGAUAGGUGUAACCAAGCCAGACUUUCAUGCUGCAUUUAUUCUGGCCGACAAAGGUGACACCAUCAAAGUGUCAGGGGUGUAUCACCUUGAUGAGAAGCAGAAGACUUCAGCUGUUGCUGAAUUUACCCGAAAGCUCUCAACAAAUGACAACACACUGACCGUUGGUGGCCUCUACACGGUUGACGCUCAGACAGCUGUGAAGGCAAGGCUCAACAACACUGGAAAGCUUGCUGCCCUUCUCCAGCACGAGGUUAAACCGAAGUCACUCUUGACAAUAUCUGGUGAAUUCGACACCAAGGCCUUGGACAGAGCACCCAAGUUUGGCCUGUCACUCGCACUCAAGCCUUGAUCAGGUCAUACGUGGUUGAUGGCGAUCAAAUUUCGGAUUCUUUGGUUGUUUUUGCAAAGCUAUGGCCAAUAAUUUGUUCCGCAGACCUGUUCUGUUAAAUCACCGAGGGAGGUUUUGGCGCUCUGUGGACAGGAUCCGAUGGGCCUUCACCUGGAAUUUGACCAUCCUUUUUGUUUCGUUGAUGAAAGCACCUCGUCGGUCGGUCAUUGAUAGAUAUACGCAGGUUGUUUCUUUCUACUGUGAGUUCUGACUAGCUUUCGCAGUAGUUAGUUUCUUGCCGAAGCUACAUGUGAUUUUUCAUGCGGUGUUAAUUGAUUUUCCUGCUCGCACAGGUUUACUGCUUGUUUGAGUAUCAAUUCAUUCUUUCCAUAUAUCAUUUCUUGUGCG